AGACAUAAUAACCAAGAGACAACGCGUUAGUAAAGUCAACACGAAGUCAACUCCAUGGUGGCUUUUAGCCCCCAUCCCACUUGGUGGUUUAUUAAGUAAAACAAAAUCGAGUACCAGACUUGUUUGUGACAAUUUAUCCACUCCCCCAAAAAAGUCUUCUCUUUCACACAUUGAUCUUGUUGUUGUGUUCCUAUUUUAUCAUCAAGUCAAGUGUGCCAUAACCAUAAACAGAGUUUUUCAUUUCGGAGAGAAAAAGGAAAAGAUGAAGUUUGAAGAAUCGCAAACGCUCUUACCGUUGAGAAAACCUGUUAAUGGAGGAGGUUGUCUCACUCUCACCCGUGAUCGCAAACGUGCUGGUUACAAGCUUUGGGUUCUAGCCGCUGUUCUACUCUUGGCAUUUGGUUCUAUGUUAACCGGUUCUGUCUCUCUCAAAGGAAUCGGGUUGUUCCACUCUGUUGACGGCGUUAACGGGUUCUCCGUCGGCGACGAUCUCGACGUCCUGGAAAUUGAGGAGAGAGAGAAAGUGGUGAGGCAGAUGUGGGAUGUGUACAGUCGCUCCGGUGGUGUCAGGGUUCCUCGGUUUUGGCGAGAAGCUUUCGAGGCGGCUUAUGAGUUUCUGAUCAGUGAUUCCGCCGCUGUUCGAAACGGUGCCGUUUCUGAUAUCGCCAAGUUGUCUCUUGUUCGCUUUGUUAAGUCAGAGUCUACUCCGGCCCGGCCCAAUCUCCGUUGAGUUGUGAAGAAUUGAAGAUGAAUGAAAAAAACCCAAGAAAUAAUUUAGUGUAUAUACUAUAUAGGGAUGAAAAUUGUAACCUUGAUAAUCGAUAAUUAAAUUAUGAAACUGUGAGAAAAAAAAAAUGAAAAAUGCAUAAAUAGCGUUUUCGACAUUAUUUAGAAAAAAAUAUAGCAGCCAAAAAUAAAGAUUGGUCUAUUUAAUUUUGGAUUAUUAUUGAU